UAGGUUCCCCCUGACCUUGGUGUUUUAACAAAUGUAUUUUUUUUUUGGUGUAUCUAGGUCAGACUAGCUCUUUAAAUGGAGGCCAUGGCUGACAACAUGACAACUUCAGCGAUAUAAUCUGUGGAAACUCGAAAAAUCGGGUCGAUUACACCAAGGAAAUAGAUGGUCUCUGUAUACAAUAGAUUCCACUAUAACCUAAAUACUGUUUAGUCCAAAUAUACAUUACAUGUAUGGUAAUAUGUUUAUUUCAAAAGACAAAAAGGGAGAAUUACAGUUCAGUUAUUCAUUCCAAUAUAUGUCGCCCUUCAACUCCCUGUGUUAUCUGGUGUUUACUAGGGAAAGACUCUCGUAACACCAUGCCAAGCACAUUCUAAAUAUGAAAAAACAAGGAUAAACAGCUUUAUAAAAAGAUAAUGGUGAACGAAUCACAUGUUUUGACCAUAAACUGUUCGUCUGAUGAAGAGGAUUUCAACACCACUUCGGUUUUCACAGAAGAACAGAUUAGGAUAGUGAGAACACUUCAUUAUUACUUAUACGGCAUAAUAAUUCCCGUUGUUUGUUUAUUUGGGAUUCUGGGUAAUAUUCUGAAUGUCGUCAUUUUCACACGGAAGAAGAAUAAAGGAAAGUCGGAUGAAGUGGAGUAUUGUACAACCAUAUGUUUGGUGUCUCUUGCAGUAUCCGAUAUGAUGUUUUGCAUAGUUACAUUCCCAUCUGGAUUUCAAAAUGUCAGGCAGACGAUAUUUCAUCGAAGGGAAUUUAUGUUGUAUUACAUAAUGUUUAGCUCUGCCUUUAUAAGUGUAUUUAUAUUAAGUAGCACAAUGUUGACUGUGCUAACAGCAUUAAUGAGAUACUUAGUAGUAUGCCAUCCCUUCCGCUCACAUCAGCUUAUAUCAGUUAAAGCCACGAGUAUUUGUGUAGUCGUGGUAGUUCUCAUAUCUAUAGCAUUCAACUUUGUUUCUUUUUGGCAAUACGUAACGGAUGACUGCAUGGAUGAAGACUAUACCAAGAUUCAUUUAAGUUCCUUAUUUAGCAACUCCUCCUUCAAGUACACACAGAAACUACUGUGGGCUGUAUUUGGAAACUUCGUACCAUUAUCCAUCUUACUUUACUGUAAUCUCCAAUUAAUUCGCGCCUUACGCCAAAGCCGACAACUUCGUCUGCGCCAUAGUCGGGACGAGACCUCCUGCUUGUCUGCUCAUCGCCGAAUUAACAUCACCCUGGUCACUAUCAUCAUCUUCUUCAUCAUCCUUGUGGCUCCGUCAGAAAUCACCAAAUUUAUCAUGCUUCUGAACAAGGAUGAGGGAUUCAGCUAUGUUGUUGUAUCCCUAGUCACCAAUACGCUACAAUGUAUCAACUUCUCAGUGAAUUUUGUGUUGUAUUAUGUCAUCAUUGCUCCGUUUCGACUAACUUUACAUGAAUAUCUUCGUUCUUCAAUUCGUACCAUUUGUCGAAUGAAAAAGGAAAGCAGAUCCUCAGAUAGGGUAGACAAAGAGCCACAAACUGAGAUGCUGCUUUUUAGGAAAGAAAACCAUCAUAGACACCCAUCCAGCUUUAGUUAAGAGAUAAUAUUGUUAUUCCUUGAGAGUAGAUAUCCAUCAAGUGUGUCAAGUAUCUACUAAGCUUCUGUUUACUAGAUUGUUUUCAGUAAUAUCGUCUGUGAGUGUAAAUCACUUUUGUUAAACAUUGCAACGUAGAUAGAUAGAUAGAUAGAUAGAUAGAUAGAUAGAUAGAUAGAUAGAUAGAUAGAUAGAUUAUGUGAUAUUGGUAUGAUACCUAGAACCCAAGAGCAGCUGAGGCCGACAUAGACUUUAAUUAUUGUGUUAAGUUGUCACAUUGAACUGUUAAGAGGUAAAAUGUUAAACCAUUAUGUAUGUAAAUAUCUGCUGGAUGUGGAUUCUUGUUGUUUUGUCCAUAGACAUGUAACUUACGCUUAGAUUAGUAAUCAUCCGCGAUUAACCCGGGUUGAUCAUUUCAAACUUAUGUUGUGUGUAUAUUUAAUUUUGUUGCAUUUGUUUAUUUGUGUGGGUUUUCCCAAAAGUUGUGUGUUUAUUGGCAUCAAAUAAAAUAGUACUCAACGGCCAAUGUUCGCUAAAUAAAAGUAAAAUCAAA